GACAUAAUGAUGUAAGACGUAAAGCGACAGAAAAUUAUUUAGGAACAGCAAAUAAGAAAAGAAAAGCAUACGAUGAACAUUUAUAUAAAUUAGCAGAACAAUAUAAAAAAGGAGAUUGUCUUGGUGUGAGAAUUCAUGAGGUUGAUCGAACAAAUACAGAUCCAAAAAUAUUACCUUGUAUAGUUGUGGCAAAAGAAAAAAAAGACAACGACUUUAUUUUUCAUUUAUGUUGUCAAUAUGGUUUGUUACAAAACAAAUUUUCAAUCGAAAGUCUUAUUGAUCUGAGAUCAGCUUGCCCUGACGAAUUGAAAUCACUCAAUGUAUUUGAACUUGAUAAAGAAAUUUCUUUAAUAGAAGCAUCUAAGCUCUUUGUUCGUGGUUCAGUCAGUGGUGCCACUUGCGAUUGUAAAUCGCAAUGUGCAACCAGACAUUGUCCUUGCCGAAAAGCAAAUGUUGCUUGUUCUACGAAAUGCCAUUCAAAACGAGGUAAAUGUCAAAAUACAAAAUGA